AUGGAUAAUGAAUUUCUGGAUAUAUCCACAAGUUUGAAAUUGCAACUUGGAUACGGAAUAGGGCAUGUAUUAAAUGAUGUAUGCGCCAGUUUGUGGUUUACAUACUUUUUGGUGUUCUUCCAUUUGGUGCUCGAGUUCACAGCUUCUCAAGCUGGAUACCUAAUGUUAAUUGGACAAGUAGUUGAUGCUUUAUCCACUCCUUUUGUGGGGUAUCAAUCUGACCACACUGAUAAUGCCAUUAGUGCAUGGUAUGGCAAGAGGAAGCUGUGGCAUUUAUUUGGUACUAUAUGCGUGGUGAUUUCUUUCCCAUUUAUAUUUUCGGAAUGUGUGGGAUGUUCCUCGGCACACAAAUGGGCUCAAAUGUUUUAUUAUGCUGCAUUUAUUUUAAUAUUUCAAAUUGGAUGGGCAGCAGUGCAAAUAUCUCAUUUAAGUUUAAUACCAGAAUUAGCUGAAGAUCCACAUAUUAGAAUGCAUCUAACAGCAAUCAGAUAUGGGUUUACAGUUUUCUCUAAUGUAUUUGUAUACCUUAUUACUUGGGCAAUUCUGCAUUUCACUGGAAACUGUGAUAAGGAGCAAGUAGGACCAGGUGAUGCUUGGAAGUUUAAAGAGAUUAUGUUAAUAGUCAUAACUGUGGGAUCACUGGCGGCAUUCCUUUUUCAUUUCUCAGUUAAAGAAAAACAAACAAGAUACUCUGUACAUGAUGAUACUGAAAAUAUCCCCAUUCAUUGUCGUCUAUUUAGAAGCAUAUUAUUGUAUCAGGUAGCAGGUAUAUACAUGAGUACAAGGCUAGUAGUCAAUGUGUCGCAGGUGCUAAUACCUCUAUACCUUCAUAAAACAUUGGGUUUAGCCGCAAGAUCCCUUGCCGUAGUUCCAUUGGCUAUGUACCUUGGCAGUUUGAUGGCUGCUGGUGUACAAAGAUUAACACCAAGAUCAAUGACCAGAAAACUUAGCUAUGUGUUUGGAUCCAUCUUUUCACUGUGCAGUUAUAUAUGGAUAUUUUUUGAAUCCGAUUCAAAUAAUUUCAAAAUUUACUUCAUAUAUGUUGUUGCUGUAUUCAUAGGAUUUGGAGGUGCACAAAUGUUAGUGACAAGCUUGGCUCUAACGGCUGAUCUAGUCGGUGAAAGCACACAGGCAUCUGCUUUUGUGUAUGGAUUGAUGAGUUUCACAGAUAAACUGUCCUGUGGAAUUGCUAUUGCUGUCAUCCAAUUGUAUGCAGAGGAAUCAGACACGACAUAUUAUCGAUAUGCAUUGUCAAUCGUAUGUGGCGCAGCUACUUUAAUGGGAAGUGUCUUUACAUUGUUCUUGCCAAAUGUUGCCUACAACACUAUUUCAGCUACAAAUAACCUCUCAGUUAAUAUUUCCGAUCAAGAAACAGUACCUUCUGGACCUGACAUUUAA